AUGGCAGACGCGCCGAAUACUCAGGACGAGCUCUACCCUAUCGCCGUCCUCAUCGACGAGCUUAAGCAUGACGACGUCCUUCUGCGUCUCAAUGCCAUCCACCGCUUGUCCACCAUUGCCCUCGCCCUGGGCGCCGAGCGCACGCGCGAGGAAUUGAUUCCCUUCCUCGAUGAGUCCGUCGAGGACGAGGAUGAAGUCCUUGUCGCUCUGAGCGGCGAGCUUGGCAACUUCAUCGAAUACGUCGGAGGCCCCCAAUGGGGUCACGUCCUCCUCUCCCCUCUCGAGAACCUCGCUGCCAUCGAGGAGCCCGUCGUGCGGGACAAGGCUGUCGAGUCCCUCAACAAGAUCUGCGAGGAGCUCUCCUCCCAACAAGUCGAAGAAUACUUCAUCCCCUUGACCGGCCGUCUGUCAAAAGCAGAUUGGUUCACCUCCAAGGUCUCUGGCUGCGGCCUUUUCACAACCCCCUACAAGAAGGUGUCUCCCGGCGUCCAAGAAGAGCUCCGAAAGCAGUUUGGUCAGCUUGUCCACGAUGAGACGCCCAUGGUCAGACGUCAGGCAGCCACCAACAUGGCAAAGUUCGUCAAGGAGAUGCCGGCCGCCGUCGUUGUCGAGGAGAUGAUACCCCUUUUCCAGCACCUCGCCCAAGACGACCAAGAUUCCGUCCGAUUACUCACCGUCGAGAUCCUCAUUUCCAUCGCCGAAGUCGUCCCGAAGGAGCAGCAGUCUAGCCACGGCGUCCUUCUUACCUCCCUACGCAACCUGAUCGAGGACAAGAGCUGGAGAGUUCGGUACAUGAUUGCGGACAGAUUUGAGAAGAUCUCAAAGGCUGUUGACGAGGAGGUCGUUUCGAGAGACUUGGUGCCGUCAUUUGUCAAGUUGCUGAAGGACAACGAAGCCGAGGUCCGGACUGCGAUCGCUGGACAAAUACCUGGAUUCUGCGCUCUGGUUGACAGAAAUGUUCUCCUCAACGACAUCAUGAGCAGCGUCGAGGAUCUCGUCUCCGACAGCUCUCAGCACGUCAGAGCGGCUCUCGGAACGCAAAUCAGCGGCCUGGCACCUAUUUUGGGCAAACAAGAAACUAUCGACCACCUUCUGCCCAUGUUCCUGACGAUGCUGAAGGACGAGUUCCCCGAAGUCCGUCUUCACAUCAUCUCCAAGCUUGAGCUCGUUAACAAUGUUAUUGGCAUUGAGUUGCUCUCGCAGUCUCUUCUCCCCGCCAUUGUCCAGCUUGCUGAGGACAAGCAAUGGCGCGUGAGGCUCGCCAUCAUUGAGUACAUUCCUCUGCUUGCGAGCCAACUCGGCGUCAAGUUCUUCGAUGAUAAGCUCAGUAACUUGUGCAUGAGCUGGCUCGGCGACACCGUCUUCUCCAUCAGAGAGGCCGCGACGCACAACUUGAAGAAGCUUACAGAGGUCUUCGGUGUAGAGUGGGCAAGCGAAGCAAUUAUUCCGAAGGUGAUGGCUAUGGGCAACCACCCCAACUACCUCUACCGCAUGACGACCUGCUUCGCCAUCACUACGCUCGCAUCUGUCGUCAGCAUGGAUGUCAUCGCGGACAAGAUCCUGCCGAUGCUGGACAAGCUUGUCGACGACGACAUUCCCAACAUCCGCUUCAACGUCGCCAAGACGUACGGUGUCCUCAUUGACGUCCUUCGUCGUUUGCCGGAGGAGGGCACCAUCUACUCGCUGGAGAAGGAGGGCACCAGCUUUAGCCCCUCCCCUAGGGGCAUGGAAUUGAUACAGUCGCGUGUCAUCCCCAAGCUCGAGAAGCUGCAGAAGGAUGACGACGUUGACGUGCGGUACUUUGCGACAACUUCCGCGAACAGCGUGUCUGGAUCCGCCGGCGAGCCUAUGAAUACAUCACCAUAG